GUCGGGGCUUACCCAACUCAGCUCAGUGGAUGCGUUCAACAGGCUGUGUGUGUGUGUGUGUGUGAGUGUGUGUGUGAGCGCAUGUGUGUAUGUGUGUGUAGAGAAGGGGGUUGAAAUCUGAUGGCCAGCCUCACAGCUAAUUAGUUCAGCUUUUGACAAAGGUGGGCCAGCCACAGAAAGGGAGCCGUAGUGCGAGCUUAACAGGGCUCCACACACUGCACUCGAGUCUGCAGGAGAGAAGAGGAGAAGGGUUCCCCUCAUACUUUCCCAAUCAGAGAUAGGGUUUGUAAAGAACUGCUGUUCCUCACCCCAGAACAUAUGAGAAGGCUCACAGGCAUAGCAACAGUGCCUUUGGGACAUGCGAGAUGACUUCCACACAAGACUCAGAUGAUGACAGAGCCUUUAAAGACUUGAACGCUGUUGGAAUGCUGCACCAGUUCUGGAAGCAAAAACAGGUGAACAGUGGCACAAUCGAGAUAGAGAACCUAGUCGUUUAUGAAUGUAUUCCCUCACCAGGACCUCCAUUUAUCUGCUAUGUCACCUUACCAGGAGGGAGCUGCUUUGGCAACUACAAGUAUUGCUACACAAAGGCAGAAGCCAGGCGUGAUGCAGCUCGUAUUGCUCUGAUGAACUCAACAUUCAAUGAUUUGCCCUGUCGUCGUAUCACUCCAGAAUUCAUCGCCCGCAGCAUAGAGGAGGCUGUCGCUACCACCAGCGGUAACAUGGCGGAUGUGUCAGACCCGAGCACCAGUUUAGGAGCUUAUUAUCUCAUGCUGAAAUCCAACACAGGAAAAACCAUGCUGGAAUUUCAGGAAUUAAUGACAGUGUUUCAGCUGUUACACUGGAAUGGGACACUGAAGGCUUUUAGGGAGAGGCGAUGUAGUCGUCAGGAGGUGAUCAGCUACUACUCUGAGAAACGGCUGGAUGAGUGUAUGCGUAGUUACAUGGCUCUGGACUGGCUGCAAAGGGAGAGGAAGAGACCAGGGCUGCUCUCACGUGAGUUGCAGCUGGCCCUUAGAGAGUUGGCCCAGGGUCGGCAGGCCGGCCGAGAGCUCCGCUUCUACAAGGAAAAGAAGGAGAUCCUCAGCCUGGCGCUCAGUCAGGCCUCCACUGAGGAACUGCAGGCCUACUGUGGGGAGGAAGACGUAAAGUGCUGGAGGAAAGGAGAAGCUGCAUUGGAGUAUCUUGCGCGUGGGGGCCACUGUCUGGAGGGUAGCAUGGUGGAUCCGUUAGAACAUUGCCAGUUUUAUUACCUGGAGAGUGGGAGUGACAAAGAGUCACUGGGCUGAAGUGUUCGGGCGUGUUUGCGUGCGUGUGUGUGUGUGUGGUGGGGUUUGGGUGAAGGCAAGGACUCACAUUCAGGAAAAGAGCCUCCAUGUUGUAUAUUUUCUACUCCUCUGUAGAGUUCUUUUUCAGUGUACUGUAAUAUGUUUACAGCCAAAUGAGCUGCUGUGUAAAUCAGAUUUAUUUAGUAGUAAAUGUGUUAGUAGUACAUUUAGGGUUCGAACUUCUGGAGAGCAGCGCCAGCUCUCUUAUUGUUUGGACUGAGAAUAUUAUAACUUGGUUUUUGUUGCGCAAAAAUCAUUUUGUAUUGCCUUGGGAUGUGGAAGGGAAUGUAAGUAAACACUGAUACUUUUUGCUUCGGCCACAGGGUGCCGCCAUAUCCUGUGAAUGGCUGGUGCCCACAACUAUGGUAUAAGAUAUUUCUUCCCCAGAUAUGUACAGGUCAUUUUCCUAAUAAACUGAAUGA